CAACCCCCCUAGGGCUUUAAUUAUAUCUUGUUAUGUUUUAUCAGCAGCUAUCGACUUGUUAAGGGUCUUCCUAGUAUCUGGUGUUGGGACAGCUGAUUUUGGAGCAAGAUAUUCCUAUACCACAUAUUCAUCAUGACGUCUACGACCGCUAUGACCCUCUUACCUAUUACAACACAAAUCCAUCACGCUCCUCGCUCCAGCUCAGACACAUCAACAGACAAAACCUACCACCUCUCAGGCGGCGCAAUAGCUGGAAUAGUCGUUGUGGCUUCCGCGGCCGUCGCAAUCGUGGUGCUCAUCAUCUUUCGCAAGAGGAUCGUGGCUUACUACGGCCGUGACAAAACCCAAGUGGCCGAUAACGAGCACGCCUUAUCCUCGCCCACGUAUAUGCCGCCGCAAAUGCAACCUGUUCUGCAGAAUGAUGAUUUAGCGUGGCAGGCUUCGGAGAUGUCGUCGGAGCAGAAUGAUAUAUAUGAGAUUGGGUCCAUAGACGCCAAUCCAAAGGGAAAUGGACGGGUUAUCCAUGAGCUUAGUUGAAGCUCUGGGACUGGGGAUGGCUGUCGACAUGUAUGGGGUAAUCUGAUGGUCUUUUGACGGUCAGGUGGAUGUCGGUACUGAUACCUGACUGCUCAGAUGGUAGCUGGCGAGAUUAUAUGAUUUGAG